CUCCCCGCACUGCGGCAACGCGGCGCGCGGAGACGGGCCCGGCAGCGCAGAGUCAGUCCGGCCGCCCAGCCCCGUCCAGUCACGUGACUAGAACCGGGCGCGGCGGUCGCCCCCUUCCUCGCGACUCGGAGGCUGGCGCCUGAGCUGCGCUCGAGCCCGUCUCCCGCUCGCGCCUUCGGCCGGUGCGGCCCGCGCGCCCCGAACCAGGAUGCGGCCGGCGGCCCCGCUUCUCUUCCUGCUCCCCAUGCUGCUGCCCCGGAGCGGGGUCAGCUCCGGGGAGCUCCCGGAAACAGUGCCUCUGCCAACAAAGGUUGAAAUAGAAUCCUUGAACUUCCAUACUGUAUUGCACUGGGAUUACAUGAGAGUGCCUACAACCCCCCGCUUUACUGUGGAAAUCAAACCUUAUGAGCUAGGGAAAUAUAAGCCAGUCAGCACCUGCAUGAACACAACAAAACAUUAUUGUGACCUCUCUAAUGAAAUAGAAGAACUGAGUCAAUCUUACUGGGCAAAAGUUAAAGCUUUCAUUGAGUUAGAAGAGUCUGAGUAUGUUGAGACCAAAGAAUUUGUUCUGCGACGGGAUGGAAAAAUAGGACCACCUACUCUGAAUGUCUCAAUUGAGAGAGACCAAAUCAGGGUUGAGAUUCGCCACCCAUAUCGGAAACUUCCAUCUGCUGUUAGAAAAUAUAAGGACUUCACGUACAAGGUGUUUUUUUGGUCCAGUGGAGAACUGCCCCAAGAGCUUGAAGCAGAGGAAUGUAAGAAGCAUACAUGUAGCAUAUACAUUCCAGUGUUUUCUACCGGUUCCACCUACUGUGUUUCAGCUCGAGGACGUUCAUCGAUUGUUUCAGAUCGAGGAUUUUCCAAAUCAAAUGAAAGUUGCAUUCAUGUUCCUUCAAAACAGCCACUAGACUUAAAAAGUAUUAUUAUUGGUGUUACCGUUGUCUUUGGCGCUGGACUGAUUUUUGCAGUGUAUUGUCUUUGCAAGCAACUAAAGAAGAGAAAAAUUGAACUACCCAAGUCUUUGGUCACUGUGGUACGAAAUUUGAACUCGCGCAACGUUUUAGAAACGAAACCAGAAGCAAAAUAUAUCUCAGUCAUAACCUCAUCAUCAUCCAAGCCAGUGUUUUUGGUGAGUGAUGAGAUAAACGUGAUAGAACAAGUAGACCAAGUUAAAGAAAUAGGGACCCCUAAUUCUGAAGACUGCAGUGAAGAAUCAGAUACUAUCAGCUCCCAGGAGAUAUCAAACAAAACAGAAGAGAUGGCUAUCCAAGAAAGCAUUGCUGAAAUGACCCCUGAUGAUGAACAAAGCCCGAGAGUGAAAGAGAAUUAUUUUCAUUCUAAUAGUAGCCAAACGGAGUUAAAUAGUAUUCCUUCAAACCCAGAGCCUUCCGACACUGAGGUGCAAGAGUCCCUUGUCCUAAAGAGCUGCAACAAGUUUUCUGGUUAUGACAAACCUCAUGUACCAGUGGAUCUCCUGAUAGAUGUUGGGGAAGAGGAGUCCGUGAUUGCAUAUAGGCAUACUGAUGAAGUGCGUGAGUCAUGAAGAGAAUCAUUGAAGACUACAGGGAGUCCCUUUUGGCGUCCACAACAUAGAGAUUUAGAAGUUUAUGAACAUCUUAGUCCUAAUGGGAUUAUCAAUGUGAUUUCUUAGAGCAGACUCUUAAAAUUGAAGGGGACUCAAAUGGAAACUGCAACUAGUGUUGUGUCUGAUGAUAAUGCAGAAAAAGGGGAAGUGGCUCUAUGUCUCACGUUAAGCUACUUGGUGGUUUUGCCUUUGAGCUUUUCCUUUAGGCUAUUAAAGAACUAUCUUUAUACAAAGGAAAGAUUCUGCAGUAUCUUCUAAAUAAAGUGCAUUGAAGAAUCGUCUAUAUACCAUAUCAGUAUGGGAAUUCCCAACUCCAUGGCUGAGAACAGAUUAUAUUGGAGCCUGUUUUGUAACUAGAAGUGCUUCUGCAUGGUGGGUCAUAAAUUUGUACAUCUGCACUAAUUGCAAGACAGUAUGCCACCCCUUCAGAAUGCCCACAUUCUACAUUUGCACUUAUUGAAAUAGCUAUCUCUUGUGCUUAUAGCUUUAUCCAUGUUUUGUAUACAGAAACCAUAUUGUGCAAUCAUGUCUUAUGCUCUGAGAAAUCUGUAUGUUAGCAUGCUACCUGACCCUCAUUGAAAAAGACUAUUUUUGAACUCUUAUCUGCACUAUUUCUUGAAGAAGCAAUACGGUUAAGGCAGUUAUUAAAAAUGUUUAGCACUUUUCCUCUAAAGCAUUUUUAUCCUAAUUCUUAAAAGAAAUAUGUGGUUUGCUAAUAAUUCCAUUGAACUUUGUGGAAAUAAUAACUGUUUUCUUAUCAAAUUAAAAAUGCCCAUUUAAUAGCAUUUUUUCAUCAUCUUGAGACAAUGGAAUAUUUUUUGGUAAUUUGAUGUAGUUAAUUAGAUCCCUUGAUGGAACUCUGAAGCAUGAAGCUAUCAAACUGAAGAUAGAAAGUUUGGAUUUUAUAUUUCAAUUCUUUAUUACUAUUUAAAGGCCUCUAAGGCUAGAUGCUUGCACUCUAAAUAUAGUUCCUCCUGUAGACACGAUCUUACUGUGUUGCCAGAAGUGUUUUGAAAUGGAUCCAAAUGAAGCUAGGAAACAAUACAGGAAAAAGGCUGGAAAUACAUAAUUUUGCAGGUAUAUACUAUAUUCAUAGUAACAUUCAUCUUUAUUGAAUGGGUGCAUUGUGUAGAGGUAUUUUGUGUGUUUUGAAAAUGCUUAAUUCUUGCCAAAAUAUUUGCACUUUGGCGCAAACUGAAUGUUUUAAUGGGGAACCAUUAGUGAACUUCACCAAAGAACAAUAAAUGUAAAGACAGAUCUUUCACUGACAUGAACACUCACAAGCAAGGAAAUCCAGAGUUAAUUUCCACAGCAAUCACUGGAUUAACAAACUCCCGGCCCAAUCUCCCCAAGGGAAAAAGGGUACAGUAACUCCUCACUUAACGUUGUACUUAUGUCCCUGAAAAAUGCAACUUUAAGUGAAAUGAUGUUAAACCAAUCCAAUUUUCCCAUACAUUUUAAUGUAAAUGCGGGGGGUUAGGUUCCAAGGAAAUUUGGGCGGGGGGGUAGACAAAAGGCAUUCUAUACUGUACUGUACUGUGGUUGGGAAGUGCCCCUGGCUUAUCCCACACAGGCACAGCUCGCUGCAGGCAAGGAUGCUAGGAAGCAUCUUCACAGCAGCAGUGGCAGCUUACCCAGAGGAGAACAGGCGCUGACUUUGCCGGGGGAUGCUCCAGGCCCGCCUCUUUCCAUCCCCGCUCUACUCCAGACCCACCUCUUUCCACCCCCACUCCUCCUCCUCCUCUCCAGAGCACGCUGCAUCCCUGCUCCUUCCCCACCCCCAGAAAGUCCUAAGCGCCACCAAACAGUUGUUUGGUGGGCUUCGGACUUUCUGAGAGGGAGGAGUGGAGACGUGGUGCUUCCCCGCUCUUCCCCCUCCCUCCCAGAAAGUCCUAAGCGCCUGGAGAAGCGCUGGGAGGGAUGGGGAGGAGGCGGAGAAAAGGAACUUGUGCACUGCUACCUUGUAAAGUCGCUGCUCUUCCACAAAAUCUUACAUGCAGUGGACAGAGCAGGCAGCCAACAACGUUAUAAGGGAGCAUUGCACAACUUUAAACGAGCAUGUUCCCUAAUUAAGCAGCGACGUAACUUUGAAACAACGUUAAGCGGGAGGACAUUAAGUGAGGAGUUACUGUAUUUAUCUGGUCUCAACUGCCAUAGCAUCUGUAUCUUGCUCUUUUUUCCCCUUCUCAGUCUACAGGAAAAACAGCUGAUUAGUUCAUUUGUGUGUAUGUGUAAAAUCUGAGGAAAAGCUAAGUCAGAUGUGAAUUUUGCAAUUACGACUAAUCCAGAGACCAGUUAAAUCAAUGGAAAGAUUUCCAUUUGCAUGCCUGGCUUUUGGAUCUGGCUCUUAAUUCUAAAUGAAAUGAGAUUUCUGGUCACUUUCAGCUCUUGCAAGAGUGAAUUCCAUAUUCUAGGUCUAGCCCCAAGAAAAUUCUAUUCGGUGCAUCCCUCAAGUUCCAGUAGAAGAUAGGUGAGCUGGUUUUAGAGGGAGAGGCAUUCUCAAGUUUCUUGUGCUACUGCUAUGGAGGGCUUUGGUUAUCAGGACAGAAAUUUUGAAUUGGACUGUCUUCAGUAGGAAGCCAGUGAAUGUAGUGGAACACAGUGA